UGAUAUCCUGUAUAGCAGACAGUAUGUUCCUCGGUCAAUAACAAACAGAGAAAAAUGUUAAAAUUUCUAAUUUUUAUGAUUUUAAUCACGAUUUUGCUUAAUUUAAUUGGAGUUUCAGAUGGUCUGAAAUGCUAUUGUGAUAUAUGUCCGAAUAAUACAUGUAUAGCUAAUGCUAAAUGUUUAACAGUUGUUGUUAAAGGAAAGACAGGUCUUGUCCAUAGAUACAGAUGUUUAGAUAAAAUAGAAGGACAGUUUUUGAAUGGAGAGCAUUUAACAUGUAACACAGCUAAGAAACAAAAGACAGACAAUUAUAGAUUGUGUUGUGAUGAUUACGAUUUUUGUAAUCGUAAUCUGGUGCCGACUCUGGCGCCACCUACAACAACAACUCAGAGUCCAGAUGAGGAUUUAGACAAACUAGAGUUUGGGACAGCAGAGUUAGUUGUACUGAUAUCCGGUCCAGUAGUACUGGUCUCCCUACUCUUUAUGAUUGGAUUCUUUGCCUAUUACCAGUACCAGCACAGGAGACCUUCAGGUUAUAUGCUGCCACCAGAUACCAGUAAUGCUGACGUUGCACCGUUCGCUCAGCAAGGGACAGAGGGUUUGAGAGAAAUGAUGAUUGAAUAUUCAGGCUCUGGAUCUGGUUUACCUCUGCUGGUUCAGAGGACUAUAGCCAGACAAAUCCACCUCUGUGAAAUCAUUGGUAAAGGUAGAUAUGGGGAAGUGUGGCGAGGAAAGUGGAGGGCAGAAAAUGUGGCUGUUAAAAUAUUCUCAUCUCGAGAGGAAAGUUCCUGGUUUAGAGAGGCUGAGUUAUAUCAGACAGUCAUGUUGAGACAUGAGAAUAUUUUAGGGUUCAUAGCUGCAGAUAAUAAAGACAAUGGCACAUGGACACAGUUAUGGUUGAUUACAGACUAUCAUGAGAAUGGUUCCCUGUUUGACUAUUUGAACAGGACCCAGAUUAGUAUUCCUCAGAUGAUACAGAUGGCCUUGUCAGCAGCCAAUGGUCUCUGUCAUCUUCAUAUGGAGAUUAUCGGCACAGAAGUUCAUGCCGGCAAACCAGCCAUUGCACACAGAGAUUUGAAGAGUAAAAAUAUCUUGGUAAAAAACAAUCUUACCUGUUGUAUAGCAGAUUUAGGUCUUGCUGUUCGUCAUGAUAUAGCCACAGAUUCAGUAGAUAUAGCUCCCAAUGACAGAGUAGGAACCAAACGAUACAUGGCUCCUGAAGUCUUAGAUGCUACUCUCAACAGAACACACUUUGAGUCUUUCAAAAGAGCUGAUGUAUAUGCCUUUGGUUUAGUUUUAUGGGAGAUGGCAAGGCGAUGUUCUAUUGGAGGGAUAGUAGAAGAGUACCAGUUACCAUAUUAUGACAUGGUUCCGUCAGAUCCUUCCUUAGAGGAAAUGAGAAAGAUUGUCUGUGAUGAAAAAUAUAGACCGGCCAUACCUAACAGAUGGCAAACAGUAGAGUCAUUGAGAUUGAUGGGGAGAUUAAUGAAGGAAUGUUGGUACCAUAAUGCUGCAGCAAGAUUGACAACAUUACGGAUCAAGAAAUCGUUAGCUGCAAUGACCUCAAUGGAGGACACCAAAGUGUACAUUAGGACAGCAUGAAAACUUUGAUGAAGGGAGACAACUACUUCUUUUUCAGGGGAGACAACUACUUCUUUAUCAAGGAGACAACUACUUGGAGGUGUUAUGCCUUUCAGCUUUCAGAAGUGAUAUUGUUGUUCAACAGAUUAUGUCACAAAUUAAAUUUCAUUGUUUGUAAGAAAUUGCCGUUAGGCUUUUACAUGACUACAUUUCACCAAAUUGUUAUAGUAUGGGUCUGUCAUUGUUAUUACUUGUGUCAGUGCUGUAACUGGUAAUCUUAACACUGGUGUCUACUGUUAUGAGUAGUGUCAAAUCUAUUUAUAGCAGUGUUAUUGCUGUAGACAGUAGUGUCAUUACUAUUAACAGUAGUAUCAGUGCUGUGUGACGAGUAAUGUCAUUUCAUUUAUAAAUGAUAUUGCUGUUACCAUAAGUGUCAGUGCUGUUAAAAGUUGAUUUAUUGCUGUUCAAAGUAGUGUCAUAUCUGUUAUCAGUAGUGACAUUGAUGUUAUUCAUAGGCGAAUCCAGGGGGGGACCUGGGGGGCCCAGGCCCCCGACCUUUUCGUGUUAAAAAUUUGUUGAUUAUAUAGGGAAUCAUUGAAGCAUGACUGGAGCGGGCCCCCCCCUUAGAAAAAGUUCUGGAUCCGCCACUGUUAUUGUUAGUGUCAGUGCUGUUCAAAGUAGAUCCAUAGCUGUUAUUGAUAUCAAAAUCUUUUCAUGUAUUGGCAUUCAUCAUACUUUUAUCAAAAUUAAAGUGACGAAAUUAAUCAGAAAUACUUGCAAUUAAAAAAUUGUUUGAGAAAAUGAUGAGUGCUAAUGAAUCAAAUUAUUAACUACUGUUUUGAAGUUUGCAGAAGAUGUGUCAUUACUUUGGUAUCAACAUUCUGGUCUGUUUACUGUUCAUGUGAUGUGUUUUGCCACCAGUGAAGAAAUUGAUACACAAAAUAUUGAUCGUUCUCUGGAAAAUCAGUGCAGGCCAUGAACCUAACUGUCAUAUAACAAAUCAUUUCUAUUAUGCUGCCACUAGGUGUCACCACUACUCCACAUAUUUGGCUAUUUAUUUGUUAUAUUUUUAUCAUUCACUGUACAUUAUUUUAUUAAUUACGAAACUGAAUAUAGGUAUUGUAAAGACAAGUAAACAAAAACUUAAGUGUCACUGUAAAAUCUGAAAUUUUUGCGUGCAUUCACUAAUGCUAUUGUUUUUAAAAUUGUCAAAAAUGUAAUUUUAAUUAUUGCAAUUUAAGAAAGAUCUGUAAAAGGAUAUUAUUGAGCAACUCAUCAAGUGGCAUUGUCCAAAGGAAAUACAAACCUCACAAUAAUUUCUGAAUUGAUGGUAAACCCAACACUGAAAGAUAAGGACGAGGGUCUGGGUGCAUUCAUUUCUGUCUUUGGUCAUUUGCAUUCUUCUUUAUUUUUCUGGUCCAAUCAUUCUCUGUAUAUUUUAGCACCCCAUUAUUAUUUAUUGUUUAGUCUAUAUAAACCCAAUCCAGACUCUCAUUUGUCACAUCCAUGGAAAUGAACAAAUCUAAUGGCAUUUUUUUCUCUAAUUAUUGAUUUUAGUAGAAGAGUUGUUUUUGUCUGAUUUACUGUAAAGUUAGCAUUUUCUUACAAUGUAUUAUAAACUGGCAGGACAGGGCUGAAAAAGAGGGGGGAAAGAUCUGGGUGAAAUUAGGUAACUAAUUAAAUGUGUGUAUUUAGAAAAAGAUUAACAUAUCAUGACAUUUAAACUUGCAUAUUUUUACAGCUUUUCAUUUUUGUUAACAGGAUAGUAAAAUUAAUUUUGGGAGAGAACAUAAGAAAUUAAUGAGGCAUUGAUUUAACAGAUGUUUUGAUUAUAUGUGAAAUGAUACAUUUAAAUCUUUUUACGAUUUUAUGCAUUAUGUCAAAUGUUGUUGUUCUAAUUAUUGGGUUGCUGUCAUCUCAUUUUAUUUACUUUUUUAAAAAGACAAAAUUUAAUUACAUAAUUAAAAUAUGGUUGAAUUUAAAUAUGGUGAACCAACACCUGAGGUAGUAAUUCUGUGGUAGGGUAAUAGAGGGUGGAUACCACAUGGUAUUCACAGUUGUCUUUCACUAUAAAAGUAAAUAAACGACAUUAAAGACAACAACUACCAUCAGUUACCCCAUGGUGAAUAAUUUAUUGUGGUCAACACGAUUUGCCAGCAAGCGUGAUGUCUUCAGGUCAAUUGAAAUAUAGGUCAGAUCAUAAUUGUGUCAUAGGCAGGGUAAUGAUUUACAAAUUGUACUUUGAAGGCACAAUCUAAAUAGGUAUUGAACUUGAGUUUAACAUCUACAAGGAUUCGUUAUUGAUUUAUGGGAUAUUAAUUUUUGUAGAUUUCUUAGGUAUAGUUUUACCCAAAUUAAAUUGUUCUUCAUAAAAAAAAAUUCUACUGGCUUGUAUUCAGACUUUGGCAAAACUACAAAAUCAAAUAUCUAUGAGAAUACAAUUGUUCAACGAAAAUAGGUAUCCACAUUAGUUGAUUACUGUAAACCAACUUAUUUUCGUGAGCGAUUUAUUUUCGCGACUUUCGCGAGUAGAAAAAUAACGCGAAUAUAAAUCGUCGCGAAUAUGUCAACAUUUGAUCUUUCCUUAAUAAACUUCAUCAAGUAAAUCAAAUAAUCGCGAAAUUAAAUCGCCGCGAAGUGGUUAAGAAAGGGUAUAACGCGAAAUAAAGUAUCCACGAAAAUAAUUUGGUUUACAGUAUUUGGGUUUAUGAUUGUUAAAACUGAUAUACUUAUUUACUUAAAUGAAUAUUUACUAGGGAGAUUAAGAAAAACACAUAUACUGUGUGUUUAUGUAAAUAUUGCUUUUAAAUGUGUGCAAUAACUUUGUAAAUAAAUUUUAGUUCAAUUCACAUUAUUUGUCAGGUUGCAGUACAUAUUGAUUUUUCUAUUUUAUUUGAGAUGAUACGAGAGAAAUAAGUCUAUUGUAUGAAUUCCAUGGCAAUUUGAAAUUUUUAGUGUAUAUAAUAUGUUUCUCAUAAUGAAAUCUUUUUUUUUCCUGCUAAUUUUCACGAGGGAAAAAUAUGUGUAUGUUGGGCUUGUACUAUCAAGGUCAAAAUAUUUUGUUUAUUAAUUUGCUCUUCACAAUUAACAUUGCAGCGAAUCAAAAACAGUUCAUAGUCAAAACAAUGAUGAUUGUAUAACGGCUUUACGCAACAUUAGUUAUUUAUAUUUAGAACAAAAUGGGAUGUAGAAUAAUUCAAGCCACAAAACUUCAUUCUACAAUCUGUCAUACAAUUUCAAAAAC